CAGCGACACAAUUCUACGAGUGGGGGGGGAGCCUGGCGAGGGAGGCUGAGUGAGGAGUGAGUGUGCUGCGCCGUGUCCCAGCGUGGCCUCUGUUUUGAAUACAUGGCGUGGUGACACGGUUUGCUCAGUUGCGAAGAUGAUGAUGAUGUCAUGCAUGUCCUUCCCCUUCGCUAUUUUGUUGUUAUACCACAUUUCUUUACUCCGCACGGUCCAGAUCUCGUUCAUGGAAUAUCUCCUAUCAACACAACAACAAGAUGGGUGCGAAUCCUGGCCGCAUCGACGUGAGCAUGGGCGGUGUUCGAUGGCUACUCUUUGCACAGGAAUUUUGUGUAUAACUCCAAGAGGUGUCCAAAACUUGCAUUUAACGCUAUCAAACUACAGAUCUCCAACCCUAAACAGUCGCAUUUCUAGACUAGGUAUUUACAAAUCUUGUUUCGGAUCGCAUUUGUUUUUUGGUGGAGGCUUGUACUUUUGUAGUUUUUAAUGCUUCUCUAACCGGAAGGUUCGCCUAAUCCCAAAUGCACUGUCUAAGAGCAGCACAUCUACUGAAGGUAUUGCACCUUACCAUAUUCCGCAAUGACUUGUCCUGUGAUUCCGUCUUUCCUCUAGCUAGUCUCGGUUUGUUGAUCUGCCAUUCGACGCAACAUUGUUGUGAAGUUUACAACAAUGUUACGAUAGAGUCCACUGACAAAGAUUCCGCAAGCGUUGAUAGCAAUGGUUAGGACCAAUCGUGGAGCCUGGAAGGUAAUACCGAAACUGUGCACGUCGAAAAAAACGUAUAUGUUUUUGCAAAAAUUGACGAAGAUUCUGAGAGAGCACGAGAGAAAGAUUUGUUUAUGGAAGCUUCUGAAAGUACUCCGAAAUCAACUUACCAUUCCUAGAUAUCUGAGAUUGAAGCCUUCACUGUCAAGUUAGGAUGUGAUUAGAUUGUUCGAUUGGACGCAGUGAUAUUUCUAGCUCACGAUCUGGCUAAAGAUAUGUUUUUAGCUUUUAAGAUAAUUAUCUUUGACGAAGUGGGCCUUCCUUUGGGGUCAUGUACCUAUAUGAUUUGGAACGAUUUAAUUUGUGCAAUGAGUGCAUUAUUAAGAUUUUAGAUGGAUCUCAUUUUUUGCAGUCAUGAAUGAAAAGUGAGUAAAAAUCGUUUGAUCGAUUGCAUGAGUUAGCUUAGCGUUCUUUUGAGUGGCAAUGAUAAUAUGUCGAGCUCAGAUGUGAGAAAAUUCUCCCAUAGUGACCUUUCAUGAUGGCGAGACGUGUCCUGGCAGACUUUUAGGGACUUAGGGAGCUGUCUUUCAUUUCAUCAAAUUCUUGGAUGCGCUUGUUUCACCUUCUCAUCGUGGACGGAGAAGGAACGUGAUUGCUUCGACUGUGUUCGAUUUUUGAAGUUCGUGUCCAUGCACAGGCGGUCGCAAACGUGUCGUUUUGCCAAAGCUGGCUCCUCUACCGGCCAACAUUGACUAAAUACAUCCAGCUAAGACGUUGAAUACCAUAGGAUGGUCACGUCAAUCCUCCAAGCGAUCAAGAAUCCAACCAUGUCCUCGAAACUUCUAGGAAACAAUUAUGCGUGAAAACAAAUUGACACCUUUUGUCACGAACCACUUUGUUUCCAACAUAACGUUCCUUACAUUUUAUUCAGCUUACCUUUUACUGGACUUUUCAGAUUAAGUUAUCCUGGGUAAAUCCAGCAUAAAUUGUUAGAUCACUGCCGAAAACUCGACAGGUGCCGAAAAUGGAAAAUGGAUGGUUGGUGGCCCCAGUAAUGGUGCCUGCGUUCAAACUAGCAACUGUGGAAGUUUGAGCAAACCAUAUGGCAAUGCCACAAGACACAGGUUGGUUAUUUAUUUAUUUAUUAUUUAAAACUAAGGUAGCAAUUCCUGCAUCUUGAGAGAUCUUCAACCCUGUCACUGAGAGUGGAAGUUGGAGAGUUUACUGAUGUGGGUUUAUUGAUGAUAAUCGGGAUAUCUCCCUCUCCAUCCUUGCUGCUCCGAGACUUUCUCCAUCGCCCACUCAUCACUUCCUGACUUCCCCACACGGCUUCCUCAAUCUUCGUCCCAGAUCUGAGUUCAAUCAUCACGUCACAUCCCACACCUGCGCUCUCCACUUCUGGUUGUCUUCGUUUCCUAUUGAUUGUAGAGAUUUUGGAGCUUCUUUUGGAUUUGUGGAUCUAAGUGCUUAUCAGCUGCUUGGAGCUCUAGUGAGACGGAGUUAGUUGGCAUUGGAGUCACGUCGGUUGUUCAUUGGACUUGGUCGAGGUCGCCAGUCGUGAUCCGUGUGAUUUGGAUCUGAAGUGUGGGUUGGAAGUGGACGGAUUGUCACGAAAGAUUAGUAGUAGCGACAGAGCUGCUUAUAUUGUUUUCUCGAUUUUGGUAUUGUUUCUGGGAUCGCAAGAAAUUUGUCCUGAUAUUUUGGAAAUUGUUGAAGAUGAGUGGCAGUUGGUGAUCGUGUCAUCGAAUUAAUACUCAAAGUUGACUAACGAUUUGAGACUUCAAGUUUGAACGAAAGAAGAGUAGUGAAGAUUUGAUUUGUAGAUGAGUGUAGUAAUGGGCUUGUAGUAACAGAAGUGAGAAAAGGAGAGAUGGAGAAUGGCACACGGAAUGGAGAGCCAGCCGCACUCUCAGUUGUGGCGCAAGAGAUGACUGCUAUGGAUCUUUCAUCGCCCCCACAUUCUCCUCCUGCACGGCAACCUUCUCCUCCAUUUGUGCAACGGGAGUUGAAGUCCGUGAAUACGAGGGUAUCAGAGAAGCUCCAGCAACAGGAAAAUGGCGAACAAGACACGGCGAUCUUCGAGCAGACUGAACGCGAAACAAAGCUGGAGCUGUACCAAAUUGAUCCACUUGUGGAUGUCAAAGGACUCAAAAGUAUGGGAGGCCAGCAGCCUGGCUUGCCACAAAGCCCAAGAGAUGUGGAUGAAUACUCCAUCGACGUUGAUCGCCCUGGAGAAAAUCCAGGCUAUAUUUCUUUAUUUUUCGAGGCACAAAUUGGGAAAAUGGGUACCCUGAUGGGAGUUUUUGUACCAUGUCUCCAGAACAUUCUGGGCAUUAUUUUUUAUAUUCGGUUCACAUGGAUUGUUGGUAUAGCAGGUAUCUGGAGCAGCCUUCUAUUAGUAUGUUUGUGCUGCCUGUGCACAUUCUUAACUGGCAUUUCCCUCAGUGCUAUUGCUACUAAUGGAGCCAUGAAGGGUGGGGGUCCCUAUUACCUGAUAGGUCGGGCUCUUGGUCCAGAGGUUGGAGUAAGUAUUGGAUUGUGUUUCUUCCUGGGCAAUGCAGUUGCUGCAUCAUUGUACAUUUUAGGAGCUGUGGAAACAUUUCUGGAUGCAAUUCCUGAGGCAGGUCUUUUUAAAAGCACAGUGACUUCCUUGAACUUAGCACCUUCACCAUCAGGAGUGUCUGAAGUAAUGAAGAGCCCAAGUAUACAUGACCUUCAGGUGUAUGGUAUUGUCCUUACAGUUGUGCUCUGCUUGAUUGUUUUCGGAGGAGUCAAAAUUAUCAACAAGGUCAGCCCGGCAUUUCUGAUUCCUGUGCUUCUGUCGAUAUGCUUCAUUUUCAUUGGUGUCUUCACAGCACGUGGAGACAGCGAUACAUCGGGAAUAACGGGCCUGAGCUUUGAUACGUUCAAAGGCAAUUGGGAAUCUAGUUAUCAAACCACAAAUGAUGCUGGGAUACCAGCUCCGACUGGGGUCUACUGGAAUUUUGAAAACCUACUUGGCCUAUUUUUUCCUGCUGUCACUGGGAUUAUGGCAGGGUCAAACCGUUCAGCUUCUCUGAAGGAUACUCAGCGUUCCAUUCCCAAGGGAACUUUAUCUGCCAUUGGUGUUACGACGGCUCUCUACUUGAUCUCUGUUUUGAUGUUUGGAGCAGUUGCCACUCGGGAUGUGCUAUUGACUGAUAGGUUGUUGACAGCAACCAUUGCUUGGCCUGUACCGUGGAUCGUUCAAGUCGGAGUCAUUCUCUCCACUCUCGGAGCAGCCCUGCAGAGUUUGACAGGUGCUCCUCGUCUUCUUGCUGCAAUUGCCAAUGACGAUAUUCUUCCUGUUCUCAAGUACUUCAAAGUACAUGAUGAUGAGGAGCCUCACCUUGCAACACUCUUCACCAUGCUGAUUUGUGCUGGCUGUGUGAUCCUGGGCAACCUGGAUCUAAUCACUCCCAUUAUUACCAUGUUCUUCCUUCUUUGUUACGGCGGUGUAAACUUGUCCUGUCUCCUACUUGACCUUCUUGACGCUCCUAGCUGGCGACCUCGGUUUAAAUUUCAUCACUGGAGUUUCUCCCUUCUAGGUGCUCUCCUUUGCAUCUGCAUUAUGUUCUUUAUAUCAUGGUCUUUUACAGUAGUAUCACUGGCACUCGCCAGUCUGAUCUAUUGGUAUGUUAGUAUCAGGGGUAAAGGCGGUGACUGGGGAGACGGUUUUAAAAGUGCUUAUUUCCAACUUGCUUUGCGAAGCCUGCGAUCCCUAGGAGCCACGCCUGUGCAUCCCAAGAAUUGGUAUCCGAUUCCUCUCAUCUUUUGUAAGCCCUGGGGCAUUCUGCCAGAUGAUGUACCAUGUCAUCCUAAACUGGCGGAGUUUGCCAAUUGUAUGAAGAAGAAAGGACGUGGCAUGUCCAUUUUUGCUUCAAUUGUUGAGGGUGAUUACAAGGACAAAACAGAAGAAAGCAGGCAGGCUUGUAAAUUUCUGAGCACAUACAUCGACUACAAGAAAUGUGAAGGAGUUGCAGAGGUUAUUGUGGCCAAUACUAUGGUUGAUGGAUUUCGAUUAAUACUGCAAACUAUGGGGCUUGCUAAUCUGAAGCCCAAUAUUGUCUGCAUGAGGUACCCUGAAGUAUGGAGAGAAGAGAAGCACAGCAGUAUUCCUGAUAAUUUUGUUACCGUUAUCAACGAUUGCUCUACUUCCAAUAAAGCAGUUGUAAUUGUGAAGGGUUUGGAUAUGUGGCCUGGCGAGUACCAAAAACAAUAUGGAACAAUCGACCUUUAUUGGAUCGUUUGCGAUGGUGGACUUAUGUUACUUUUGUCACAAUUGCUCCGCGCAAGAGAUUGCUUCGAUAGCUGCAGGAUUCGGGUUUUCUGUAUAGCAGAGGAAGAUAGCGAGGCUGAUGAGUUGAAAACAGACGUGAAGAAAUUUUUGUACGACUUGCGGAUGGAGGCUGAAGUUAUUGUGGUUAGUAUGAAAGCUUGGAAGGCUCGUCAAGCAGAAGAUGAAUCUAGCGGAGAGAAAGGGAGGGUGUAUGCAGUAGAAGCCUUUUCCAAGUCUCGGAGAAGGAUAGUCCAGCGUGAUGCUAAGAUGGUGGAGAAGAGCAAAAAAGGCAUUAUCAUGCAGGCUGAAACGGAACAGCGAGUGUUGGAUGAGCAACAGGUCGAGAAGUUCUUGUACAUCUCCCUAAAGUUGAAUUCAAUAAUCAAGCGAUACUCAGCACUUGCUGCCGUUGUAUUAGUCAGUCUUCCUCCCCCCCCUCCUCACCAGCCAAGCUUUUGCUAUAUGGAGUACAUGGAUUGCCUUGUUGAAGGCAUACCGAGAUUGCUUAUGGUCCGAGGAUACCGUCGUGAUGUUGUCACCAUCUUCACAUGAUGAAGAUAGGUGCAAUGUAAUAUCUUUCCAAGGAGCUGUUGACUUUACAAUCUACCUAGUAUCUUGUAGAUUUUGCUUUUCAUAGAAUGUACUCUUUCUUCCAUUUAACUUGUAGGUCUGGUUUAGGAAUCAGAAAUCUCUGCAUCAUUGAUUGUUUCACUCAUUUAUUUCAAUGCAGAUAUAGAUUAUUUUGUCAAAUUUGUUGUAUUGAACUUUCUAGAGUUCCAUUACAAGAAUCAAGGGCACCUAAAUGUAAGGUACAUACACAAUUCAAGCGGUCCUGCAAACUAUUUGAUGAUUAAAUAUAGUUUCUUAGUUUAUUAGAGUAGAGUACCAUUCUUUCCAUCCACUUGUUGGUUUGAGUGUAAAGCACAUACAUGAAUGAUACCAGAGACUACUGUUUCCAACAUCUCA